AUGGAAUCAACACCUUUCUUAGCAACAGAAGAACACCAGAGCGGUGCUAUCGAAGAUAAGGACUUCGUGACCUCGCAUCUCCCAGACGAAAGAUUCCCGGGCGUUGCGCCUUCACAAGGAUGUCGGGUUUCAACGCCGGACCCGCAGGAUUUCCCACCCUGUAUGCGAUCCAUACGUGUAAAUUACUCUAGGUCCGGGGAACUGACAAGUGCGAAAAUACGAGAGCUUAUGGAAAAAGCCCAACAAACCAUUGCGAAGAGGAAGCAGGACUUAGGGCUGGUUCGUUGCCUACUUAUUUGACACGCUCUUAGUCUAAUGUUCCCGCAACACCCUAUAUGGUGCCACAGGGUCUGAUAGCAGAUCCUGAACGGGCUGAAAAAGCCCGGAAGGCGGCUGAAUUACAAGCGAAAAUAGCUGCAAAGCUUGAUACUGGAAUUUUGAAAACUGAUCCCAGUCCCGAAGAGGACAUAGAAAGGUAAUCAUACAUUGCAGUAUUCACAUCUUUAGGAAACGGAAGGAACAAAUGAGGUAGUUUUUUAUUCCAGGUUUAGCAAGCAACACGCUAGGAACCUGAUCUUCGACGAGCAUGGCAAAACCCUUGAUGCCGUAACUGGUGAAGAAGUCCGAAUCCCACAGUUCGUCCCCACUUUGAAGGUUAAACCAAUUGUUUAACAUCCCAUUAUGUUUAGGCCAAUCUACGCGCCCAAAAGGCCCAAAAUUUCAAGGAGGCCUUGGAAGUUACCACCCAGAAGAAGCCCGUCAAAGUUUCUACCUCUAGCUCUUAUUUUGAUCCUCGUCUCUCGUGAGUCAUUCCUUCUCGUUACUUGCUUUUAGGCUAAAAUCUGCAAUGCGUCCGAAGAGAACUCUUUCUUUUUAUGAGCCUGGAAAGUUUAUUAAGAUUGGACAGCGUUUGAGAACCAAAGCACAGCUUGAGAAACUUCAGGAAUCCGUGGCCUUGGCAGCAAAACGCACUGGUAUAGCAAGUGCGGCUAAGCUGGCGACGAUCCAGCCGAAAAGAAGCAUUGACGAGACCGUAGUUCCUGAGGUCGAGUGGUGGGACUCUUAUAUUCUGAAGGACGGGGUCUCGAGGUUUGUUCCAAUCAGCUCUUAUUUGCAAUGAAGUUACUCAGCUCUAGACCAGGCCAUUGAUGCUUCUUCAAUAGUAAACGAUGCGUGGAUCACAAAUCUGGUCGAACACCCCAUUAAGAUGAAGGCACCCACCGAACUUUCAAAACCACCAGAAAUUCCUCUUCUCCUAACCAAAAAGGAAAGGAAGAAGUUACGUCGCAAAAAUCGCCAAGACGCCCAGAAAGAACGCCAAGAACUCGUAAGGCUUGGAUUACUAGCACCCCCAGAACCAAAGGUGGGCAACUCAGCAUCUUAUUUUAGUGUGUUUUUUUUUAUCACAAACAAUUUAACUUUUUCCAUACUUAAUAUUAACGUAGCGUGGACUUCGGUUCGACUUCUUUCGGUCACUUCGUCUUGUUGGUUUUAUCAGACGAGUUAGCCUCCCUUGAUUUGGUUGUCCGAGCUGGUGCUCUAGAACCACAACUUCUAAGGAAACGUUCGCUCUGUAUCGGCUAAAUAUCUAGGGUGGUAAAAUCAGUACUCACCUAGAUCACAUAGUCUUCCCAAUUCUACGCUCAAACUUAAGUACAUUUAGGUCAUCACCUAGCUUCUCAACGCCAGAGACUAAACUCUCCAACACAUGAUUACAAUAAGGAAAAGUACAAUGCCAACCCUUUUCAGUUAAAAAUAUCCAGGUUCGUGCAUACGUACACCCGUAACCCUGCCUGCGGCAGGUAGCCAAUUCAGGUGUACGCUUGCGAUAGUCAAGUCAUAUACAGAAAGACAUUAUCCCGACAUUUAAUGGAUUAGAAAGGCAAUUGACCUGGGGACUGCUACAACUCAGGGGGACCGGGUUCGUGUUAAAAAUUUCCUGUAUUGUAAGGGGCCCGAGGAAACUCAUCUCGUCACACUUAAAAUUUUGAGCAGUAGACUCGACAUGCAGUGGCGAUAAGAUCGUUUUUUCCCAAGUUACUCGGCAUAAGUAAGAAAUUCGGUCCCAUUUUUAGUGCUACGCAGGCUUUGGACCGAAUGCGUGCAACUAUGAACGCGGGUAGUUAUUCCCAAGUUUUUUAAAAUAAUACUUCUACCGAUUGUUGUUUUACAGCGGUAUUGCGAGACUUCAUCUUUAUAGCAGCGAACUUCUCGUUGUAGGUGAAACUAGCCAACUUGAUGCGCGUUUUGGGCACGGAUGCUGUCCAGGAUCCUAGUAAAGUCGAAGCUUAUGUGCGCAAACAAAUGGAGUCCAGAAAGCGCGCACACGAAGCUGCCAAUGCUGCCAGAAAACUCACAAAAGACCAGGCUCGCCACAAGCGCAUCCGUAAAAUUCGGGAGGAUACUUCGAUUCGGACUUGCGUUGCAGUUUACAGGUUUAAAUUCGAAGCCUACUAUUGUUAAAUCUUCCUGUUGCUUUAUCAAACAGUCGGUUUUUACACAUUUUUCUCUCACACCGGUUCCCACCUAGCGACUUGUCAAGGGUGGCUUGAAGCUUUAUGUGAUCUUGUCCAAGCGUUCUAGACGAGUCGAAAUACAUCUUCAAAUGAGCAGAGUAGUUUCUAAUUACAGCGGACUGACAAACCACAAAGCUUCUGCAGUCGAAGGACGUGAGUCGACGGACUGAAUAAGACUACCGAACUAAUCUCGUGUGGACGCGCCUAUUAGUUGUUUAUUGAUUGUCUGUACUAGUUUUAGUAUUUAAAAUUUACAUUUUACGAGUUGGACUUUUUGAAUUUUUGACGUGGAAGUACUGUUUAGUGCACCUUAUCCAAUUGGACGCCAGAUUAUUUGCUGCCGCUUGCUGUAAGCGUCUGCUCACCCCUGGUUAUCGGGCCUCUUGCAUUGACUCAGGAUAUAGACGGAACUAGGCGUUUAUUAGUGCAUCAGAAGCAUUUAAAGAAUGUUUCCGCAGCUCAAGCCGGCCACAUACAAGCAAUUAUUCUAGCGCGACAUCCUUUUCAAAAUUGAUCUCAUAUAAACAGUUUAGUCUCUACCACAGCACACUUGUAUAGAUCACGAUCUUUCUUUAUUGACAACAAAAUCAGAGUUAAGGAUUUGUCCAAUCCAUCUCAUCGCUUCAAAGUGGAGACCAACGCCAACCAGCUGUUUAUGACGGGUUUCGUUGCCCUCAAUCGCGACUGCAAUGUGGUGGUUGUCGAAGGUGGACCGAAACAACAGAAACGUUUCAAGCGGCUCAUGCUUCACCGUAUCAAGUGGCUUGAAAAUAAAAGGGGCGCAGUUGACCCCUCCAAGGUCGAAGCCGCAGCCAACUCAGGCCCAUGUUCCCUUGUAUGGGAGGUAAGCCGCAUCCCGCCUUUCUCCUUCAUCCCAGUUUGUGUUUCUUAGCGGCAGUGCUUUUAAUAAACGCACAACGGGCGUGCAGGUGGUCAGCUACCUUUUGGACGUGAUAUAACAAGAGUCGGUGCUCAACAUCUCUUGUUUGCCAGUUUUCUUUGUCGAACUCCCCUGACGUCAUAUUUAGCCUUGUCAAAAUACUUGACAAUUUCCCAGUGAUCCCCCGAAGAAAGUGAAAAUCCUGUUUAAGUGACCGGAUGUUAAGUGGUAGUGGGGUACGGUUGUGGUCUUGGUCUGCAUCAUGUGCUCUUUCGUGGUCUCUGCAUGCUUCUCUUAAGGUCGUUCAAGGAAUAAAUAUCUUUGAUUUAGGCAAAUGCUAGAGUAUUCUUUUGCUACUCCACAUUUGCGAUGCUAAAAUGUAACCUAAGCUAGAUUGCGUGUAACGGUGAUGUGAGAAAAUUUAUCGAACGUGCCAGCUAUUUGUUACCAACGGAAGUCUAAAUAUGCGGCGCCUGUUUUAACUGCUAGAUCAAGAUUUCUCUGUAGACAACUGAUAAUGACGGAAUCCUGAAGUUGAGAUGAACGAUGGUUAGAUUCCCAGCUUAGUAAUUAGAGGAGAAAGGAACGUUUUAACGAGUCCGCUUACCGACUGACAUUUCAGGCGGUUGGGUCUGUUGCUCACCGUCAAAUCUUGCGUCACACAAAAACCGAACUAAGCUUCGUGCGAUUCGGUUCGUCAGUCCUGGGCUUAUCGAUUAUUUUACUGUUUUCGCUGCCUUAUCUAUUUGCCACCACUUGUUAUGAUUGAUAUCACGAGAACAGUCAAAAUUUCUUCGAUGGGUGCUCCGAGCAUUCUUCUUGAAUAGUUGUCCCUUGGUAGAGGGGCGCUCACCGAUCGUUUUACGGAGCUCACUCGUUCCGGUGGGUAUGACUGGCUCAUGACGGCUAAUAAAUCAGAAAUGGCCUUUCCAAUCCCCUUUGUCGGUAUUGCUAUUCUGCCUAUAUCCGAGUUCAAAAGACAUGAGGCGCAAUUUAGUCCGUUGUUUGACAGAGAGCAAGGAGGAUCUGCCCGGCUGAUAGCAUUGAGGAAGAACUUGAGAUUGUUGAAAAUCUCUUUCGCCAGAACGGGUACCUCGAUCGAUUCAUUGCUAAGUACGUGAUCGAAAGGCCCCCAACGCUGACGACAGAAAAGAAGCUUCUCAUCAGGGUCUUGUUUCAAGGAGACGCGCCAAGUGGACUUCUAAGAAGACGCCUAACUCAAGCUGUAUCACGCACCUUUCCAGCGGCCGACGCCCAUGUACUCUUCUCCGUACAUGUGGGGGCCGACACGCAUAUGGCACGCGUAGAUGCGAACUCGGCCUCACCAGCCACUUUGAAUUUUCUAGCCGUUGGUAUGUGUUGGGUAUGGGAAGGAGUGUGAGCUGGAUACUCCCACAGUCUUCCUCAUCACAAGCCGAUUUACGCUCAAGUCGCCUCAACGCCCUCCGGGCUACGGGGAUUCUCGUCAUUUGGGCGGACAAGCUAACGUGUGACAGUGGUGGCCAGGAUUACCAGUGUGGGCAGUCACUACUUAGAGGCUGUGAUUGACAUAGGCCAAGUGGUUGUUUAUUUAUCUCUGUCGGCCCCAGUCUUCAUUUCGUUAUGCCGACGGCGUCCACCCUGUUAUCUCCACGUAAGCAUUGGCGAAAAACCUGGGAAUUAAGGCCGGUCGAUAGAAUUGACUGAUUACACGGGCGGUCACUACCUCCGUUAUCCAAAACAAACGAAGGAGCGAAAACAGCGAAAAAUUAACGGCCACAGAGCUGACAAACUCGGAAAACCUGCGAGGUUAAGUUUGGUUUUUUGCGAAGCACUGGCUUUGGCGAUGAGCCCCAGACACAUCCAAAGUAUUAGCUAACCAAUAAUGCAGUCCCACUCUUUCCUUUUAUACUAAAAAUAGGUUUCGAAUUUUUUGCUGCAUGCACUUUCUGACUUCUUGCAGUAAUGGUUACUGUCUACUGUCGGGCGAAACUAAAAGCCUGCAACCAUCUUCUGGAAUACCACUCCCUCGCACCCACUGGUAUCACCAGUUACCUAAUACUUGCCUACUCUUUUCGUCUGUCAUCACGAGUCGACCGCAAUCCUGUACACCUCCCGUAAAACCCCGAAACUUCUCAUGCUGGGUAUCGUGUCCUUUCCCAAAUUAUACUAGUUGCUAACUUUUUCUUAAACUUGAUAAACAUGGCAAAAACAACGCAUCUGAUUUGUGGAGCGCGGUCAGAAGAGUAGAGAUUUGAGUAAAGCUGUUAACUCCACCAUUUAGGAUGACCACGCAGACCGACUAUUUCACAAACGCUGUUAUUUUUCUUCAUGUUUCAGGGAACAGUGAAACAGCGGGCCUUCGAGGGCAUGCAGGUGAAGGUUUGUCCAACUGAGCUCUUUGCCCGCGAGUUGUUUCGGAAGCGUGACGUCGAACACUACUGGGACAUGGCUUACAGCAGUGCCGUUCUCGAAUCUGUCGGCCAGGCCGUUGACUAA